CAGAACCUCAUCAACCCGACAACUUAUAUGGAGUACCAUUCAACACAAUCUGCCUACCCAGCCAGAUAAGAUAAGAUUAGAUCUUCACACAGACCAGCUUAUCUUAUCACCCAUCCGCACCGCAACCCCCCGCCUUUUCCUCCGAAUUUUCAGUCCGUCUCCCUCCUUGAUAGGCGUAAGCGCGACUAAAAAGCUGCCGAUCGAGACUAAGUCUAAGCUCCCUCGGAUUACAGUUAUAUCCAGCCUUGACUACAGGAAGCCCGGAAGUGCCUAUUUCAAUCGACCACACCUCGCCCCCCACACCUGUCGAAAAAAUUUUUACCCCAAACCCAACCUGAUCAUGGAAUCGCACAUUUCCGCCCUAAACGCCCAAAUGGACCGCAUCACUGUCCUGGAGCAGGAUCGCGCUCUGCUAAAUCUCAUGACAAUCAUCCGGGACCGGAAUACCAACGACCGGGAGUUUUCCGCCGCAGUGGAGAAGAUUGUGCGUCGGUUGAUCACGUCGGCACUGAACCACGUCCCCGCGGAAGAAUACACCAUCACGACCCCAAUUGACAAACCCUUCAAGGGGAUUCGGUUCACCAAAGGCGUCUGUGGCGUGAGUAUUUUGCGCGCGGGCGCAUGCAUGGAGCAGGCGUUGCGGGAUACGUGGACGGGCCGUCUCAGCUUCGGUAAAUUGCUCAUCCAGCGCGACGAGGAAACCAGCAUCGCCAAGAUUUAUUAUUCGAAGUUGCCGACGGGGAUCAGUAAUGACAUCGUCCUGCUCUUGGAACCUAUGCUCGCGACGGGCGGAUCGGUGAUCAAAGCCGUGGAGAAUUUGACUAGUAAUGGGGUUCCCGAGGAGUCGAUUGUGCUGGUGAAUGUGGUGUCGUCGAAAAAGGGCCUGGAGGUGGUGUCGGGGAGGUUCCCCGGGUUGAAGAUUGUUUCUGCGGCGGUGGAUGCGGAGUUGACGGCUCAGAACUACAUUAGUCCCGGAUUGGGAGAUUUCGGGGAUCGGUAUUAUGGAACUUCUUGUUAGGGUGGGUUAAAGCGGGUGUGAUUGGGAUGGUUGGAUGGGUUUGGUAUUGGAAAUUUGCAUAUAGCUUCUUGUUACAUAGUAGGGAUAUGGCUGGGUUUGUCGAUGGUUGCAUUUUCGGGGGUUGUGUUUGUUAAGUGUUAUGCUUUGGGGUUGAAUAUGUGGUUUCAUUGAUUGUUGUUAUUGUAGCAGUUAAGCUGACCAGUCUUUGAGCUCUGCUUAUAGACUCUGAGAUUAUGACUUUUCAUCUAGCAAAAAGAACAGCAACCCUGAAAAAAAAAAGGAUAAAGCAGAUGAAAGAUAGAGAUACAGAAUCACGAAGAGAGUGAAAUCAGUGGGAAAGG